AUGCGCAGACUCGGGGCCCUGGGGCAGCGGGGGGCCUGGCGUGGCGCCGAGUUGGGUUCCAGUGACCUGGUUUACGCAACGUGGGGUGCAAAGCAGCAGCAGCUCCAGCUUUUCCUCCUCGCGCUGGAGCUGGAUGGAGGUUACCACCCGGGGGAUUUUACUGAUAUCAGCAUGAACAACAUCACGAGGCUUCCGGAGGACGCGUUCAAGAACUUCCCUUACUUGGAAGAGCUGCGGCUGGCUGGCAAUGACCUUUCUUUUAUCCACCCGAGGGCCUUGUCUGGGUUGAAAGAGCUCAAAGUUCUAACCCUGCAGAACAACCAGCUGAAGACUGUACCUAAUGAGGCCAUCAGAAGAUUAAGUGGUUUACAGUCCCUGCGUUUGGAUGCCAACCACAUCACGGCCGUGCCCGAGGGCAGCUUCGAGGGCCUGGUGCAGCUCCGGCACCUGUGGCUGGACGACAACAGCCUCACGGAGGUGCCCGUGCGCCCGCUCAGCAACCUGCCCUCGCUGCAGGCGCUCACGCUGGCGCUCAACAGGAUAACGCACGUGCCCGACUACGCCUUCACCAACCUCUCCAGCCUCGUGGUUCUGCAUCUUCAUAAUAAUAAGAUAAAAACGAUAGGAAAGCACUGCUUUGAUGGACUAGACAACCUUGAAACGUUGGAUUUAAAUUAUAACAACUUGGUAGAGUUCCCUGAAGCAAUAAAAGCACUCCCAAACUUAAAAGAGUUGGGAUUUCACAGUAACUACAUUUCCGUAAUUCCUGAUGGUGCUUUUUCAGGAAACCCCCUCCUAAGGACCAUACAUUUGUAUGACAAUCCUCUGUCUUUUGUGGGGAACUCAGCCUUCCAAAACCUUUCAGAUCUGCAUUCUCUGGUCAUUCGAGGUGCCAGCAUGGUGCAGUGGUUUCCCAAUUUGACAGGAACUACUAAUCUGGAGAGCCUAACACUGACAGGGACCAAAAUCAGCAGUAUUCCCAUCAAUUUAUGCCAAGAGCAAAAGAUGCUACGAACGUUGGACUUGUCUUACAACAAUAUCAAGGAACUCUCGAGUUUUAAGGGCUGCCAUUCUUUGGAAGAAAUUUCCUUGCAGCAUAAUCAAAUCCAUGAAAUCGGAGACGAUACUUUUCAGGGACUGUCCUCCCUUCGUGUCCUUGACCUCAGUAGAAAUCGGAUCCACCAUAUCCACAAGGAAGCCUUCGCUACCCUCGGAGCUAUCAUUAACCUAGACCUCAGUUUCAAUGAACUCACUUCAGUUCCAACCGAAGGCUUGAGUGGACUGCACCAGCUUAAGCUCGCAGGCAAUUUGGAGUUGAAAGAAGCUCUGGCUGCCAAGAACUUCGCAAAGCUCCGGUCUCUCUCCGUGCCCUACGCUUACCAGUGCUGUGUGUUUUGGGCUUGCGAGUCUUACACCAACUCCAACGCCGAAGAUGCCGGUCGCCAGGGUCAAGGUGCCGUCAUGGGUGGUGAGAAAGGUGAGUCUGAUGCAGAUGGCCUAAGAAAUGAUGAAAACGAGGAAUUGAGGCAGACUAUUAUUCACUGUACACCACCGACAGGUGCUUUCAAGCCCUGUGAAUAUUUACUGGGGAGCUGGAUGAUUCGCCUCACCGUCUGGUUUAUCUUUUUGGUGGCUUUGUUCUUCAACCUGCUCGUCACGCUGACCGUGUUUGCCUCUUGUACGCCGCUGCCAUCCUCCAAACUGUUCAUAGGCCUCAUCUCCGUCUCUAACUUAUUUAUGGGAGUCUAUACUGGCAUUCUAACCUUCCUGGAUGCCGUCUCCUGGGGACGAUUUGCCGAGUUUGGCGUGUGGUGGGAGACGGGCAACGGCUGCAGAGUUGCUGGCUUCCUCGCCGUCUUUUCCUCGGAGAGCGCCAUUUUCUUCCUGAUGUUGGCGGCCGUCGAGCGGAGCUUCGCGGCGAAGGAGACCAUCAAGAAGGGCAAGAGCCGUCGGCACAAACGGUUCCAGCUGGCCGCGUUCCCCACCGGCGAGACGCCCUCGCUGGGCUUCACGGUCACCUUAGUGCUCCUGAAUUCCUUGGCCUUCCUGCUCAUGGCCGUCGUCUACACCAAGCUCUACUGCAGCCUGGAGAAGGAGGACCUCUCGGAGAACUGCCAGUCCAGCACCAUUAAGCACGUUGCCUGGCUCAUCUUCACCAACUGCAUCUUCUUCUGCCCCGUUGCCUUCUUCUCCUUCGCGCCGCUCAUCACGGCCAUUUCCAUCAGCCCCGAGAUCAUGAAGUCGGUCACGCUCAUCUUCUUCCCGCUGCCCGCCUGCCUCAACCCGGUGCUCUACGUCUUCUUCAACCCCAAGUUCAAGGAGGACUGGAAGGCGCUGCGGCGCCUCAGCCGCGGCUUCCCGCUCGUGCGCUACGCCUACGACGCCCCGCGCGGCAAGGACUGA